AACACUUGUUGCCUGAUCACGAACUACACCAGACACACUAUUCAGCGUCAAACAAGUCCAAGUCUCUGUAUAUACAAUUGUGAACGAAUUUCAGCAUGACUGCCUUCGAGCCGUCACUCAGCAGCUCGAUGCGCGCCUCUCAUGACGUGCCUUCGAUGGCAGACCAGUUACCAAGCAUCAACUUCGGCUUCGACGACCUGCGCAGCCGCAUGAACCAAUUCACAACACGAUUUGAUGCAUUUAUCGAGAACGGGCGGAGACGAGUGCUGGAGGAGAGGAACCAGUUCCGUAUGAAUGUUGCAGAGCUCCACGAGGACCAGCGCAUGAAGAAGCGUGACAUCGAAAUUCUCGACCUCAAGCAAACACAACACGGCCAGAACCUCGCCAAAGAAUCACAAGAGAAGCGCGAAAUGCAGGACGCAAUCAGCAGCCUCACACAGCAGCGCGACGAGCGCCUUGCACACCGCGAUACCCUCCGCUCCCAGCUCAGCGAGAUUCAGAAGACUAUCUCUGCGCGCCGAGAAGCGCAAGUCAAGCACCGCCGCUACCUCGACGGUCAAUCGCGGUACAACGAGCCAGAACUCGACUUCUGGGAGAGCUAUCUUGGUCUGAGAAUCGAAGGGCUGGGCAAAGAUGAUAGGCUGAAAUUCAUCUACACGAACGUGGAUGAGCGAGAAUGGGACCGCGAAGCCUGGUUUGAGCUCGACACAUCAGAGCGUGACUACAGGGUGCUAGAGAUACGACCAAAGGCCGAGCGAGAAGAAGUCGACCGGGUGGUCGAGCGCUUAAACGAGACGCGCGACCUAGCGGGCUUCUUAAAGGGCAUGCGGGAGUUGUUUGUCGAGACCUGCAAAUAGGCGGACGUUCACGAUUUGGAUGUGAUGCGGCGUUUGGGAUCUUUGGAUAGUUUCGAUCAAUACCCAGUUUCUUCUCUUACACAUCAUCUCCGGUCGUUUUUGAUCUUAUAGUACUCCGGCGCAUACUCCGUCAGCCAAUCCAUGUCAACAGUCGACAGAUCCCGGAUAUAGAUCUUAUCCCUCGUCGACAAUAUCUCCGUGUAAAUCACCCAAUCGGCCUUUCGAUGGAAGAAGACAGAGCUGGGGUGCGCCCACAACGUCGUCUUCCCGUCCACAGUCGUGAAGCUCCCGUCACUCUUCAUCCGCGCAACAUGCGCAAAGAACCCCGUA